UUUGCAGCAUAGGGCGUAGUCGCCGAACCAGGAGGGAGCGGGCGGCCGAGGCAAGCACCAGAAGCGGCGGCAGAGAGAGGAAUCCGAAUACAAUAAGCGUUGCAGAGCCGCGGUCUGAGAGCAGCGCUCGGCAUCGUGGACCCGGGGCUGGAUGAACCUGUGGACAGUGGAGGCGUGUGGUCGGACGGGGACGCUCCAGAGAGCUGCAGACUGAGGAAGGACCUGGGCCGGUGGAGAACCAAGUGGGGCCUAGAGAUUGGGGCAGAGUCCAGAGAGAAGGGCAGGGCUGGAAGGCCUUGAGGUGGGUCCCAGAGGGCGAAAUGAGGCCGCCUUUGACAGGAGUUGCAAGAACACAGCCAAGAAAGUUGGCCUGAGUUGCGACUACUCUGAGCCAAGCAGUAUUGAAGCUUGUUUGGGAGACCUGGAACCCAGACUAUAAAUGGCCCAGAUAGGGAUUCCUAAAGGAAAGGCUUGGAGAACUUCCCUGGCUCUCCCAAGCCGGUUUUCCAGGCCCCAUCUGUGCUCUUUCCCAUGGACCUUACCUGUGUUGACAGCUGACGUUGAGCUCCAGCUGUACUGUCACCAGCCAGCACCAUCUCUCUCCCGUACCAGAAGCCACAGAAAGGAAUAUAAGGACCUUCUAUGAACAGCUCAAGCCAUAGCUCCCCUCCUCAGAUGGAUUCCAGCAGGUCUGAGGAAGAACUGCAGUGGAUGGAGCUGGUCUGGGAGGAGGCUCCAGCAGACAAGACAGAGGAACCUCUUAGCUCCCAGGUCUGGAGUACCCUGUUCCAGGCAGUGUGGUGGGGUGCUCCCAGCUUGGUGAUGCAGCUGCUGAGGCAAGGUGCCAGUGUGGAGGAGAGGGAUCACACAGGUCGGACUCCACUCCAUCUGGCUGUGAUGCGAGGCCACGUGCCUCUUGUACGCCUACUGUUACAGCGAGGGUCCCUGGUGGGUGCAGUUGACAACAAAGGGCACACACCACUGCACGUGACUGCCUGGCAUGGGCACUCAAAAGUGGCAGAACUAUUGCUGCGGCGUGGGGCCUCGGCAGUGGCAUGCUCUCAAAUGGGCCUCACGCCCCUGCACUGGGCAGCUGCGCUGGGCCGUACACUACUGGCUACAUGCCUUAUGGCCGCACCAGGUUUGGGCCCUGCUGUGAAAGAUAGAAGAGGCUGGACUGCCACACACUGGGCAGCUGCGUGCAGGCAACUGCCAGUACUAGAGCUGCUGACUGUUAGAGGCAGCUUAGACCUGGACAGCACCCUGCUGGUGUCAGCGGUAGCUGGAAGUGCAUCAGCCUUGCGGCUUCUCCUGGCACUGGGGGCAAAGGUGGAUGCCCUGGACAACACAGGAGCUACAGCGCUUGGCCUGGCAGCUGGCUUAGGCCACUACCAAGAUGUUGAGGUGCUGCUGGACCAUGGGGCAAACCCAAAUAUUAGGGACAGGAACAACCGAUCUGCACUGCACAGGGCUGCCACUGGUGGACACCUACCUGUUACACAGCUGCUGGUGGCCAACGGCAUUGAGGUAGAUUCUCGAGACUCCCUGGGCCUCACACCCUUGCACUAUGCUGCUCGGGGAGGCCAUGUAGAAAUUGUCAGUCAUCUCCUGGACAGGGGUGCACAGGUCAAUGCUGCUGGCUGGCUCCACAAGACACCUCUGCACCUUGCUGUGGAGUGUGGCCACAGCAGCACCAUAGAGCUUUUGCUGAGCCGAGGAGCCAACUCUACCUUGAGGACACAGUGGGGUGAAGUGGCCCAGACACUAUAGGGUGUCUGUACCAGGUACUGCCUCAUCUCCUUAACUGCAGAAAGACAAGAAA